AUGGCAUCUGGAGUUAAUAACUUUAAACUCCUCGAUUCUUUUGACGUCGAGUACGCUCCAGCUUCGGUUAAGAAAUGGAAGUCUGAAAGAACCGGGCUACAAGUGGUCUUGAUCGAUCAAAAAUCACCAAUGGUUUGUGGGUACUUCGCCGUGGCUACUGAAGUCGAAGAUGAUUCUGGAACUCCACAUACCUUGGAACAUUUGGUAUUCAUGGGGUCCAAGAAAUACCCAUAUAAAGGGCUUUUAGAUAUCUUGGGGAACAUUCAAUUCAGUGGUACCAACGCAUGGACUGCGACUGAUAGAACAGUUUACACUUUGGAAACCGCUGGUUGGGAAGGGUUCAACAACUUAUUGCCAGUUUACUUAGACCAUGUUCUUAAUCCGACAUUAACGGAUGAAGGUUAUUACACUGAAGUAUACCAUGUGGAUAGUGCCGCCAAAGAUAAAGGUGUGGUUUACUCAGAAAUGGAAGGAAGGGUUUUUGCCUCUUGGUCUUUGUUGGACUUGGAGCUCAAUAGAACGUUGUUCGCUCCAAAAUCCGGUUAUUCUUCCGAAACUGGCGGUUUGUUGGAGAGUUUAAGAGUGUUGACGAAUCAACAAAUUAGGGAUUUCCACAAAGCCAUGUAUAGACCUGACAAUUUGUGUGUUAUUGUCACAGGUUCAGCUGAUGAAAAAGAACUAUUGGAGACGAUGAUAAAAUUUGAUGCAGAAUUACCAACCUUAUCAGAAAAGCCUAACCCAAGACCAUUUGUAGAAUCUCCUGAUCACUUCCCUUUGAAGGAAAGUGUUGUAAGAGAGAUUGAAUUUCCAGACACCGAUGAGUCUUCUGGUAGUUUGACUAUGGGAUUUAUUGGCCCAGACUAUACUGACUUUGUUGGUACUUUGGCAUUCCAGACCAUUUUGUCAUAUUUGACUGAAGAUUCCGCCGCAUUAUUACAAAAUAAGCUUGUGGAAAUCGAAGAUCCUUUAGCAUCUGAUGUUGAUUAUUACGUCAAUGAGUAUAUAAAAAUGCAAGCUUGUUUGUACAUUGAUGGUAUUGACACAGAAAAUUUGCACAAAUGUGAGCAAAAAACUCGUGAAUUGAUCAAAAGUCAUUACGAUAACGAUGAGUUUGACUUGAAGAAAGUUAGAGCCACCUUGGAAUCAUUCAAGAACAAAUUUGUUUCUGGUUGUGAGAAAAAUCCAGAUAAAAUUGCCGAGAUGGCUAUGUGUGAUUUCAUGUAUGGUGAUGUGCACGGUUCUGAUUUGAAGGUGUUGAAAGAUUUGGAUGACGUUAAUGAGCUUUCUAAGUGGACCAGAGAAGAAUGGUUGAAAUGUUAUAAACAGUACUUUAUUGAAUCCCCGGUUGCCUCAAUUCUUGCUAAACCUUCAGCUAAGCUAUACGAGGCAAAAAACUCAGAUGAUGAAAAAAGAAUCGCUGACAGAGUCUCCGAAUUGGGUGAUAAAGGCUUAGAAAACUUGAAAGCGAAGUUGCAACAUGCCGAAGAAGCUAAUGGCAAACCAAUUCCUGAUACUGUUUUGUCACAAUUUACUAAACCAGAUAUCCGCAACAUCGAUUUCAUUUCGACUUAUCCAGUUAUCACUUCUAAACCUGAGUUCCACAAAAAUGAAAGCAAAGAAUUACAUGCAAAGGUAUUCAAUGAUUUGCCUAAAGACUUCCCACUUGAGAUGUAUUUUGAUCAAUAUAAAUCUAACUUCAUUAGUCUUAAGAUUUUAUUUUCAUCGAUGGCCAUUCCAAAGCAUUUGUUGCCUUAUAUGCUCAUAUUCCAAGAAAUAUUCACUAUGCCAAUGGUUUUGGAUGACGGUACGGAAAUCCCUUAUGAAGCGGUUGUGGAGGGAUUAAAGAAUGACUUUGUCAAUCAUGCCUUUUCUUCGGGUAUCUCUAACGGUUUUGAGGAAAUUAUGAAUUUGAGCUUGCAGUUUAAAAGUGAAAACUAUAACAAGGCCAUUGAAUGGAUUGGUAAGUUGUUCUUCAAUAGUGUUUUUGACCAAUUGAGAGUCAAAGUUUGUAUUGAUAAGUUUUUGAACUCCUUACCAGAAACCAAGAGAGAUGGUGACAGCAUGUUGUCAUAUCUUUCCAACAAGCAUUUGACUAGUGAUAGAUCUUUGAAUAGGGCUUUCAAUAUUUUGGAUAUUGAAUCAUUUUACCGUGAUCUUUCGGAAUCAGUUGACACCGAGAAAGGUUUUAAGAAAAUUCAAGGUGACUUGGAGGAAAUUAGAAACGCUUUGUUCGGAGAUAUCAAUAACUACAGAGUUUUAGUUCUUGGCGGUAUUCAAUCUGAUAAUCCAGUUUCUUCUUGGUCCCCUCUCGUUUCGAAAGUUUCUAAAUUCACUAAGCAAGAGCCAAAGAGUGGGGGAUUGGUAGCCAUUCCUCAUGUCUAUGAAAAUUUGAGUGAGUUGGGAGCAUCUCUCGGAAAGGUUUCCUAUGUUCUUGCCACCCCUGGUUCGGAAUCAAGUUAUUUAUACAGUGUCAGCAAGCUUGAAGCUAGUUACUUGGAUGAAGAUUACCCAGCCAUUAGCAUGGUUAAAGGUUAUUUACAGAUUAUCGAAGGACCAUUUUGGGCGGGUAUUCGUGGAUCUGGCCUUGCUUAUCAUAUAAGUAUCAGUACCGACGUUGAAUCAAGAGAACUUUUGCUCAAUAUAUUCAAAGCCACCGAUGUUUAUGCUGCGCUUAAGGCUGCCAAGAAGGUGGUUGAGGAUUUGGCAAAUGGUGUCACCAAGUUUGAGCAAAGUCUCGUUGAUGGUACAGUUAGUAGUAUCGUUAAUAGCUUCGCUUCUUCAGAACUGAACUUGAUCAGUAGUGCUACCGUUCAGUACGUUGAUAAUGAAUUGCGUCUUCGUGGUCCGGACUACAAGAAAUAUUUGUUUGCAAAGCUCAAGGAGGUUACUGUAGAGGAUAUGAUUAGAAUCACCAAGAAAUAUUUCUUGCCUUUGUUUGAUGUUGAGACCUCUUCCGUGUUUGCUGUUGUCAAUCCUAAAAACAGUUCUUUUGUGGAAGAUUUGGAAGGUGAAGGUUAUAAAGUUGAUUACAGCGUCUUGGAAGUCGGUGACUAUGAAAGUGACUGUGGAAGUGACUGUGAUUGUGAAAGUGGUUGUGCCAGUGAUUGUGAAAGCUGUGAUGACAAUGAAUAG